AUGCGAAGCCUGGAUAGGCUAUCGGGUAGCGACCAAGACUGCGGUGAUCGGGAAAUGUACAUCGAUCUGGACGACGCCUCCGUCGACUCGCUUACCGGGAAACGUACUCGCCAUCAUGUCGUUGGCGCAGAGGUGGGCGAGGAGAGCGACAGCAGCGGGAGCGAGAGAAGCCCGAAGCAGGCGAAGAGAAGAAAUCGCGGCGGCGCGCCACCGACCACGAGAAGACGGAAAAGCGGAAUUUCCGCGCGCGAGAGGAACUUGAGGAGGCUCGAGAGUAAUGAGAGAGAGAGAAUGAGAAUGCACUCCCUCAACGAUGCCUUUGAGCAAUUACGCGAGGUAAUACCACACGUAAAAAUGGAGAGGAAGCUCAGCAAGAUAGAAACGCUCACGUUGGCUAAAAAUUAUAUAAUGGCACUGACGAAUGUCAUAUGCGAGAUGCGCGGCGAGGAGCAGCCGUACACGUUUGUCGAUGGUGAAUGCGGUUCCAGCAGCGGUGACAGUACCGGUCAACUAGAAUUAAGCGGAGGCGAACAACCUGACGAGUCGUCCCCCGCGUCGAUUCACGAAACCAACAACAAUAGUCUUCUUCACGAAGAUCUAGAACGCAGGAUCUAAGAAAAUCCGAUCUAAAGGGUGUCGAAACACGUACACGCACACAACCACAUACACACGCACACAUACACGCACAGACUCUGUGAUAAACUAUCAUAUUAGUGCCUUUCGUGAGAAACAGCAAUCCGCGACGAUUCAAUCGUUAUCGCCAUGGAUCUUCCUAGAUCGUUGUACGUUUUUCGAGAAAUCCACGUUUGAAUAACAAAAUGAUGAUUCCGGGAGGACGCGACGAGAGAAACGCGAGCGUAGGCAGAGAGAAGGGAAAACAAAAAGCAAGAGAUGUGACGAUGAAGAGAAGAAAGAAAAAGAUUACGACAAACGUAACGAGAAGUAGAAUAUAUAUAUAUAUAUAUAUAUAUAUAUAUAUAUAUAUAUAAGAGUGAAUAAGGAAGGAUCAAGACAAGAAAAAGAAGAUAAAUAGAAAGACAACGCGUUUUAGAUUAUACGUACAGGAGACGUUUCUGAUCUAGCGCAUAAUCGCUUUCAAAGAGAGAUUCCUCGACAAACCGGAGGUCGAGAUAUCCUUAGAAGUUUCAUAGGAAGCCAUUAUCUUUUAAUUUAAUUUCUACGUCCAAUGCUAGAGAUGUCUUUACAGCCUCGAUUUAACAGGUCGAAAACAAUAUCCGCCUAAAACAAACCGAGAAACAGCAUUUUAUUACGUACUUGCUAUCCCUAACUCGCUCAAUUCUCGUUUCCUCAUAAUUCAGGAAUAAAUUUGCAAAAUGAAACAGGUUGCGCUAUACCUGUGUUAAUCUCAUUUCUCUCAUUUAGGACUGAAAGAUAAUGUAUUUCUUCAAAUAUAUAUAAAUAAUGACGUGUUUAGAUGGAAUACACGUCUCGGUGUAAAUAUAGAAUGUAUCGAGAGAGAAAGAAUAUAUCCAGAAAAUAUUUAUAUCGUGUGGCACAUAAAGUGUAUCGAAAAUAACGGUUGUGCAAAUUCAUAUCGCGAGUUUUUUUUCUAUUGAUCGUUAAAUUUUCAUUAAUUUAUUCUCUUAUCGACAUUGUCAACCUAGUGCAAGAUAUUAUUACUAUUAGUUGCAAUUUACUACUAUUAUUACUAUUACUUUUAUUCCUACUACUAAUACUACUCUGUUACUAUAUUACUAUACUAUUACUACUGCAACCAUCACUCCUAUUACUAUUCCUACUAUUGUAACUACUAUACAACUAUCAUUCCUAUAUAGUACCAGUUGUUACAUGGUUAUUAGAGAUAUCUUUCAAUAUUUUAUUUCGAUUAAUAUUCCAUUAUUUUAAAGUCUUAAAGUGAAAGAUUAUUAUUACUGUUAUUAUUAUUAUUACAUUAUUGCUAUUAUUAUUGUUAUUACAUUAAAUUAAUAACACAUUAUUUUAAUAUUUCGUUGUAGUAACAUGUCAUUUUUUUGCAACAUGCGUUUUACUCACAUUUCUCCAUCUGCGAUUUAUUUAAAAACAAACCAACUGUAUACAUUUCGAUGCAUUUGCAGUUGGUAUUAACCGAUAACAAUAACUAUAUUUGUAAUAUUCAUCGAUCAUUGAAUUAAAUUUUUAACUACUAGUUAUAUGCAUAAUUAAUAAUUAUUUGUUGGCCAAUUAGCAAUUACAAACGUAAUUAACAAAUGUAAAAUUAAUUAAAUUACAUUUGAUUAUCAACAGAUUCAUUACAAUUUUACCUAUCUCUGCUUUAAAAAUUAGAUAAGUAAUUUUGUGUAAAAAUUGUGUUACAUAAAUAAUUUUGUAUAAAAACACAUAAGUAUGGUAAUGGUGUGGAAUGGAACUAUACAGACAAUCAAGCCAACAAAUAACGACUAUGCUAAAAUGCUAACUAUACUAUAUUUUUGGCAAAUCAAAUGCAACUGAUUUAUCGAUUACGUAACUAUCGUAAUAUUCAUUUUUUUGGAUGCAUGUUACUGUUACUUAGCUUAAUUACUCAGUCGCAACUUUAUGUCUCGACUUAAGCCAUAAGUGAUAAGAAAAUUUACAGUCAACAUUUGCUAUUAUUAAUAUAAUAAUAUCAUGAUCAUAGCGCGCUAUUAUUAUACCGUUUUUAUUAUCGUUAUUAUUGUCAUCGUCAUUGUCAUUACGAUGAUAAUUGCCAUGGUUAUUGUCACAGACACAUUAUAUUUUUUUAAUAAUAAUAUUAUUGAGUAUAAUAUGUUACUAUGAAUUCAAUAUCGCAUAUACUCAUAAUUUUCUGUAUUUUGUGUGCAUAAAUCAUUUUCAUAAUCAUAA